AUGGUCUACGAAGAUCUAUCGCUUCCAGAACUUGUGAGCAGAGCCUACGCUCGAGCAGUUCCUCCUAAAAAGUUCGUCAAGCUCAUUCAGAAACGAGUUGUCGAUUCGCCCGAUCGACAAGGGACCGAAAACGCAGUAGCUUCUGCCAUUCUUCCUCACCUUUUACCUUACCCACCUGCACUGAUCCUCUCUUACCUCUCGAAACUACUUGAAUCACCCAUCUUAACAUCCAGAACCACCUUGAUACAUCUUCUAUUCCGUUUAUCGGACCUUGAUCAACCUAAUAUAUCUUCGCUGACAUCAAUAUCGAAUAUCCUUUUAACUCAUUCAACAGGAUUAGAAGACAGUAUACCUUCAAUACUUUCAUCACCUAAUCCUACCUCUACUUCCAGUACAUCAAUACCAGAUGUAGGUACAUCAGCUUCAGCAAAUGCAUCUACAUCUUCUCCACCAUCAAACAAUAACCAAAUUAGUACACUCGCUCUACUCCUUCCAUUACUUCGGAUAUGUUCGACAUACCCUUCUUCAUCUAUAACUACUUUGGUAUCCAAGAUCGUUUCUGUAUUAGCACCAUUCCCUGCACCUUCAUUAGAUGUGGGACUAGAAGCAGGUCAGUUACUACCUUCGUUACCUGAAGAAAUCGGUGGUCCAUUAAGGAAUACAUUGAGUGGAUUGAUGGCUGAUUUAGCUACUCAAGAUAUAAUACAAGAUGUUCAGAUGAAUGACGUUGACAAUAACACUGAUUCUCAACAGAUAUAUCACAGAUUACCAUUGAGAUCAGCUUUAACACUACUCAUAGAAUGGGCCCAAAGGUCGAAUAGCUGGAUGAGUGAUCCAAACUAUGAAGAAGGGAGAGGAGAACCGAAACAAUCUUGGAAAACAAUCUUAAAGUUAGCGUCGGAGUUUACCAAUGAUGCAACCGAAUUCGUAAGAACAUUACUGGAUAUUAUGAUACAGGAUUUAACAAACUCAAGUGUGGAAACCAUGGAUGCUGCAAAACUGUGGGGCGUAUUAUCGGAAGAUGUAUGUGGACUGUUCAAAUGGUGGAAGGAUCAUUCAGACGCAAGUCUCCCUUUUCCCGACGAUAUCAUCUCUCCCUUGGCCACACUGUACCAACAACUCUCGCCUUCAAUGCAGACCUUCUCCGAACAGCUUGAGCAGAAGUAUAGUAAUCUUAUCGAUCAAGCUGAAAAUCAGGAGGAGGGAAGUGGAUUCACACCCCUGGAUGGAUGGAGUUUGUAUUCACUGCAAGAAACCUUGAUUUCCCGUUUGAUACAACUGAAUUUGAUCAACCAUGAGCAAGCAGGAGUUAUAGCUCCAGGAGUCACGGCCUACACAUUUACGCCAGGAGAAUCAUUAAUCAAUCGAUUAUCAUCUGAAACUCACUCUCAUCUACCCCCUCUGGUACAUACCAUACAAUACUCGUUCUCUGCCUCAUCGGCUUUCGCCUCGGAGCUUAUUCAGACAAUCAAAUCUUGUCCCGUUGUCCAACCUCCAGAAAACCUUUUCAACUUUGUCGCUUCACAAUCUGGUCUCUUAGCUGUUCUUGAACAUCACAUACUCCCCUUAACGUUAUUGCGCAUUAUGGAGAGACAAUUGCUCGACCUAGGUGUGGACGAAGCUAGUAGAGGAGAUGACCCUCAAGGAAGUUUGACUAGGUUUGGUGAAGGUGUGGCUUUGGUAGAAGCCUUUGUCGCUCAUUACAAACUUCCUCUACCUCCUUUACUUGAAGAUGCUAGAUGUGCAAUCAGCUUUUCUAGUCUGUCAAUGGACGAUAAGGAGUGUAUGAAUGGAUGGGUAAAAGCUAUUUUUGGAUCAGACGGUAUCGAAGACGCAAUACUACUAGCUACACCACCCCAGAAGCUUUAUAAGCUGGCUCCGACACUGAUACAGCAAGCCAUAGCGGCGGUAGCGGCGGCUCAGAUUGAUCUCGAUACUUUACAUAGUGGAUUAUCGUACUUCUCUCAGCCAUUACUGAGUUGGUGUCUGGGUGGAGUAGUAGGAUGGUUAUGUAGGGAGAUACGAAGACAAGGACUAUUAUCAGCGCUUCAUCUGGUAGUGCUACAGGACCUGAUCCUAGGUCACUCUUGUCCUGAAGCUUUAGUUCGAGUUAAUGCCACAUCGUUGAAUGAUCUACUCAGUCCCGCAAGUGGUUUGACCCAGGUAAUCGCAUCGUCAAAUUUUGAUUUCAGUAGUAUUCGAAACAAACUUGAUUCCUCAGGUCUUCAUGCUCCUCUAACCGUCGUCGAAACCCCUUUGAGAAGCGCACUGCAACUAGUAAGACAAGUUGAACUCGCCCCUCCACGAUGGGAGAAAACUAUCUUUGAUUCUCUGGAGAUGUCAUUAUCCUGGCAAGGUGAUUCAGAAUCUAUAAACUGUAUAAUGGAUGAAAUCAAUCUGCCUCAAGUUUCGCCUGUCGAUAACCUGAAUGGAGUAAUAUCGUUGAUUUUAUCAUUAAAACUUGGAAAAAACAGAAAUCCUUUGAUUGAUGUAUUAAUCGAUUUAUGGCUCCCGUCAAAAUUCAAUUCCAGUUCUGGUUCUACUCCAUCUUCGCCCCUCAUCCCGAUUAUCAAGCGAAGUUUAAUAGUUCACUCAACUAUUCGAACGGAUACAUCCCACAAUGGCGUAAAUGGGAAUGAGAUAAUAUCAAACUUGAUAGAUGAAGUAGAAACACAACUCUCGAAACCAGUAGAUAACGAUGAGAAUGGUAUCGGCAACGCAAAUGUAAGUAAGAAGAACAAGAAGAGGUUUGGCGAAGGUCAGAAGCUGUCUGUUCACCAGAGAGAGUUUCUGGAGAACCUGGUGAGGAAUUUCAGGGAUGAUGAGGAAUUGAGAAGUAGAUUUGAUCUAAGUAGACUGGAUAGAUUGCUGUGA